CAGGGCGAGCUGCGCCGCAACCUUGCGAGCCGUUGGCGGCGGAUGUCCCACUUCGGCUGCAUCCGCCCUGCUUGCGACGACUUAGACUGCAGCACAUCACCUCGCGCAACUAACACGACGACAACCUGCGAUCUCUGGAUUGUACCGAACGUUCUUUUUGGUACUCCGAACCACCUUCCCUUCCUCGCUUCGUUUGACAAUCCUUGGUGCUGUCACGGGUCCCGGAAGCUGAGCUCGCAGGAUGUCGGCGCAACACUCCGCGGGCAUUCAGACCCUACUCGAUGCCGAGAGGGAGGCAUCCAAGAUUGUCCAGAAAGCUCGGGAGUACCGCACAAAGCGAGUGAGAGAAGCCCGCGACGAGGCCAAGAAAGAGAUCGAAGAAUAUAAAGCCAAUAAGGAAGCCGAGUUCAAGAAGUUCGAGGCGGAGCAUACACAAGGAAACAAGGCGGCCGAAGAGGAAGCCAACCGGGAGGCUGAGGCCGCAAUCAAGGAGAUCAGGGAGGCCGGGAACAAGGGCCAGGAUAAGGUUAUCAACGACCUGCUCUCAGCGGUGUGGAACGCCCACCCAACGCCCGUCUCUUGAGGCGGCGGCGUUCCGAACAACGAGGGAUGGUGGCAGGGGUUGCAGAGGGAUGGCAGAUACAUGCCGGCUACGACUAAAGUUGGGGAGGGGGCAAAGCUGCUGAGCCUACGGCAGCGAUGUUUAUGCCGCGGGGACGAUGACACCUGAGCAAAAGAGUCACCGGGCGGCCCACACAUCAGAAGGCCCUUCUCAAACAUCAACGGAGAGCCGGCUAAGGCCGUGGUAUCUUUGGUAUCGCUAAACUGAUGUACACAUACUCGCAUAUUAACAACCCUUGGUAUCUGCAUCAUU